CUGCACCACUGCUGUUUACCGGGGAGGGGAUGAUAUUUUAAACCUGGGAGAGCUCACAUAUUUACCCCGCUGAGCCUGCCGCUUGCCAUUUGGUGGGGUGAAGACACUGGAGACCACUCAUAAAGGACAGAAGAGGCAAAGAGAGAAGUUCCUUAGUUACUGCUCUACUGUGCAGAGAAGAAAAGGAAGAGUAUCGCAACAAAAGAAGAUUUUGUUUAAAAAGAAGGUUUGAGGAUAAAAGCGGGAACAGAAGGGAAGACACUUGGGGGAAGCAGGAGGUAGCCAGGCUGAGCUGACUUUUCCUCCAGAGGAGGAGUUGCAGUUGCCGGCCAGGGCAGGUCCCAAGGCUGGCAGGGCUGGCCCAACUGCUUCUCCACCUCCAAUCAUUCCUCCUCUUCCUCCUCCUUCCUCUCCCUUUAACCGUCACUAAACUGCUGUGCAGUGAUGAACUUCAAGGCAGAGCCUAUGAGCAACUCAGGAAUGCUUAGAAAAUCCUGCCAAAUGAACUUUUCUGCCUUGAGGGAAGGAAACUCCAGAGGUUGAUCCUUAAGAGGACCUCCAGUGCAGUUUAGACUGUCACCCUUUUGUCUCCAUCUUGUGUUGCACUCACUGGCUGAGAGCACCAAGAGACUGAGGACAUUUUUUGUAAACUUUGUUUUUCUUUUCUUCUCUUUUUUUUUGUGGCUUUUUAAAACGAAAUCAUGGCAACCUUUUCAGUAGCACGGUGCAAGGACCAGCUGCACUCACCCAAGAUGAGCCGCUGGCUGAAAUGCGCCUCCAUGCACUUUAACACAGACUGGAACAAGUAUGACGACCGGCUGAUGAAGGCGGUGGAACGUAGUGAGGUGGACAAGGUUGCUGCUGUUCUUAGCAAAAAGGGCAUCAUCCCCACCAAGCUCGACGUAGAAGGACGUUCUGCCUUUCAUUUGGCUGCAACACGAGGACACCUGGAAUGUCUCAAUCUCAUCCUGGGACACAAUGUUGACAUCACUGGGACUGACGCCACUGGUAAAAAUGCUCUCCAUCUGGCUUGCAGAAAUGGACAUUCGCUUUGUGUGCAGAAACUCUUGCAGCACAACUGUCCAGUUGGGAAUGUGGACCUACAAGGAAGAACCGCUCUACAUGAUGCUGUCAUGGCCGGCUGCUCCUCCAGCGUGAAACUUCUCUGUGACAGCGGAGCGUCUGUGAAUGCCAGUGAUUUUGACGGGAGGACACCUCUGGUUCUUGCAACCCAGAUGUGUCAUCCACGCAUCUGUCAGCUGCUGCUGGAGCGAGGGGCUGACAUCACCACGAGGGACAAACAAAACAAAACGGCGCUGAUCCUGGGCUGUGAGUUUGGCUGUAAGGAUGCGGUUGAGGUGUUGCUGAAGAACGGCAUUGACGUGAAGGCAGUUGACGGUUUGGGCCACGAUGCAUUUCACUACGCUCGCCUCAGCAAGAACCAGGAGCUUGCUGCGAUAGUCAAAAGUUAUCUCGACAAAGUUUCAAGAGAUAAAGAAGCUGCAAAGAUGGAACAGUGGAAGCGACAGCAUUCAGUGGAGAGAUCAGAGGCUGCUGAGGCUUGUAGAAGGGAUCAGAUCAUACAUGAUUUAGAGAGGCAGAACGAGACCAUGCAGGAGAGUCUCAGAAAGUACCACCAGGAGCAGAGAGUCCUGUUAGAUAAGGUCAACAUGCUGCAACAACAGCUCACACAGGAGAAGAUUACUGUGGAAGACACUCAAAAAGAGAGGGAGCAGUUGAAAGUGUUACUCAGUGCCAAAGAAAGAGAGGAAGGGGCUCGAGGCUUGGAGACUGUCAAAGUCCAGCUCCGGAGCACUUUGGGGGAUUACUCCGGGCAGUCUGUUAUCAAAGGUAAAGAGAACUCUUUCAUCAAACAAGCUCACAGCCUGGAUUCUGAUCAGGCACCUCAGAAAGCUGCAAUGAUGCGUUCCAUGUCCCGACCUCCAGAGAGGAGUCCCACUGCUGUGGCCUGGGACCUCUCUGGUGAACUGGACACACUCCGACAUGAGCUCGAGGCCGUUAAGAGAAGACAACAGGCAGCAGAUGAAGAGACGGCACGGCUUCAAUCUGCCUUGAGCCGUAAAACCCGAGAAUGCCAUGAGCUGGUCCAGAGCCGAGACGCCAUCCAGAAGCAGGCAGACCAGCAGGUGCAAGAGCUCGAGGACGCCUUGGGGGAUGUCCAGAAGAGGAUGCUGGAUUCUGAGUGUAAAGUCAAGCAGCUCCAAGCCCAUGUGGUCGCCGUUAAGGAACAUUUGGGAGGCCAGUCGACUGAGGAACUGCGUGCCCAGCUGCAAGAUAUCAAAGCCAAGUAUGAAGGUGCUUCAGCAGAAGUGGGCCGCGUUCGUAACCGCCUCAAACAGAGUGAGAAGGCCUUAGAAGAGUACAAGAGCAGCGAGAGCCAGCUAGCAGCCGAGGCAGAGAGGCUGAACCAAGACCUGGGAGCUCUGACUGCAGAAAGAGAUGAACUAGGCGAAACCCUUUUAGAAAUGGAAGACCAGCUGAAGGAGGCCCAGACUAAACAUGGCAACACAGUUCCUGCUGAGAAGUUUGACAACAUGAAAAACCUGCUGACCAACGCAGUCGAUGAAAAAGAACGGCAGAUCGCUGAGCUGAGGGAAGACUAUGAUCGCGUGCUGGAGGAGGUGGCUGAGCUCCAUCAAAAGCUGGAUGGUCCAUCAUCACACGGGGGAUCAGGGGCGAUGUCUGAGGAGCAGCAGAGGAUACUGGGAGCUCUGGAAGAGCAAAAUGCAACACUGAAAAGAAAACUGGUGGAUUUGACUGCAAAAAGUCAGACUCUGAUUCAGGAGGUGGAGGAGAGUGAAGAGGAAAGAGAUAUCUUGCGAGAGCAGCUGGAUGAGUUUAACAGCAGGAUCGGGCUCGACCUUAUACCCAUUAAAGAUCACGAUGAAGCUCGGAGGAACAUGGUGACGGCUUUGGAGGACCUGGAGGACAAACUGGUGGAGGCCAGUGAACGCUACGGAAAAGCAGAGGCACAAGUCCAGCAGCUUCAGGCAGAGAGGACCUCGCUGCAGGAGAAUAUCAGCAGCCUCAAAAUUGCUAGUGAAGAGAAGCAGACCGAGACGGAUGAUCUGAGAUCUCAAAAUGCAGACCUGAUGAAGAAACUUGAAAUUUUGCAGAAGAAAUGUGACGAUAGAGAUAAAGAAUGUGUACAGCUGAGCACACAGAGCCAGACUCUGAAAGAGAGCUUGGAGGGCGAGUAUGUUCCCAGACAGCAGCAUGAGCAGGUGAAGAUGGAGUUUAGCUCCACCUUAGAGAGUGUUAAAGCUGAGAUGUUGAAGUUGGAGACCAAGGGAAGAGAAAGUGGUGAAGAACUGAAGAAUGUGAAAGAAAGAAACGAUAUGUUGAAAGAAGAGUGGGAAAAAGUCCAGUUGGAGAUGAAAACAGACUAUAUAAGUGUUAAGGACCACAAAUGUGUCCUAGAUAAGUUGAAUGCUGCUGUGGUGGAGGCAGAGAAUAGAGCAAAUGAAGCGUCUGGGAUGCAUGUGUCGGCUCGGGAGGAAAACAUCAGACUUACCCAAGAGUUGGAGGCUCAGAAAAUAGAACUUGAUACCAUACAGGAAGCUAUUCAGUCUAAGUUUAUCCCACUGACAGCAGCCGAGGAGAAAGAAAACUCCUACAGCACCCAGGUGAAGGAGUUGACAGUAAAGCUGUUGGAAAUAGAAGAGAAAUAUAACAAAGAAAGGUCUGCUGGAGAGAGCAUCAAACAGGAGAAAGAGAAACUAAAAGUUGAGAUGGAAUCUGUUCAACAGAGACUGGACACUGCGAUAGUCACCAGUGAGAAGCACAAAGACGUGGAGGGAGAGUUCAAGGGUAAAUCUGAAGAAUUGACCAAGAAGUUGGUCGACUUAGAGCUGGAGUACAAGGAACUAACACGGCAGAAAGCUGAUCUUCAGGAGCAGAAUGCCCACUGCAACACACAGAUCCAGAACCUCCAGGAGCGUCUGAAAUCAGAGUUGACCCGGAUUGCAACAUAUGACACGGAGCUUAAAGCCCUCAACGAUGCCAUGCAGCAAGCCCAGGCUGACUGCAAGAAAGCGAGAGAGGCUCAGCAGGAGGAGGCACAGAGGGUUUGUGCCUUACAGAAAGAGCUGCAAGAACGCCGCGGGGAUCAGGCUGCUCUGCUGCUAGAACACGCAAAAGCCAAUGACGCCCUGGAGGCUGAGGUUGCUAAGCUUCGGCUUGCUCUUCGAGAAGAGGAGGAGAACAACGCCCAGAGAGCCGAAGACGUAUCUGCUCUGCAAUCUGAGCUCCUUCAAGCCACACAGGCUCUCGAGGAGAUUCACUACCCUGAAGACCAAAUGAACGAGCUUAAGAAGGAGAAGCGGCAGCUGGAGGAGGAGGCUGCCAACCUGAGCAACAAGCUGCUGAGCUUAGCGGAGGCGUGUGAGGAAGCCCAACGGGGAGCCACGCGAGCAAAAGAGGGUGAGACCAGAGCCAGGACGGAGAUGGAGGCCGUCCAGGAGAAGAGACACGCCAUUGAGAGAGAAAUCAGAGAGCUUAAAGAGAGAUAUGAUGAGUCUCUCAGCACCAUCUGUGACCUCCAGAAGAGAAUUCAGACAUCAGCUCAGCAGACUGAAUCUAAAGACAAGAAGAUCACGGAGCUGCUGACAGAUGUUGAGCGAUUGAAGCAGGCACUGAAUGGUCUGUCACAGCUGGCCUACACAAGCAACGUGCCCAACAAGAGACAGACGCAGCACAUGGACACACUCCAAGCCCAGAUCAAGAGCCUACAGCAACAGCUGGCUGAUGCUGAGAGGCAACACAGGGAGGUGGUUUCAAUUUAUCGAACUCAUCUUCUGAGUGCUGCACAGGGUCAUAUGGACGAGGAUGUCCAGGCCGCCUUACUGCAGAUCAUCCGCAUGAGACAGGAGUUUGUCUGUUAAAGCUUUCGCCCAACAAAACAAAACGCUACCUGCUGACUCCAACCGUCAUUUUCACUUCUUCCACUGCAGAUGGUCCCUGCUGUGGCCCCCAUGGGUGUCCAGUUUGUGUGUGUGUGCGUGGGUGCGUGCGUGCGUGUGUGUGUUUGUGCGUGUGUGUGUUUGUGCCUCAGUAAAUGUCUCCAAUCAGGCUGCUCUGAAACUCAUCUCCUUUAAUGUAGAAUGGCUC